GUAAGAGUAAACAUUUUUACUAUAUUCUUUCUGUAUAAAAUGGCAGAUUUGUUUGAGUUUUAAGCACACCACAUCUACAGAGCAAUAGACAAAUGUUCGUUAAGAGGUUAUCUUGUACAGUAUGCAACCAAAAAUGUUAUUAGUGGAUGUAUCUCGAAGGUACAUGAAACAAGCGGUGUUAUUACUAAUUUUCUGAAUAUGGGUGUAGUACUUAAAUCUAGUGUAAGAUCUCCAUUUUAUUAAAACUAAAUUAAUUUUGAAAAUGUCCGUUAAGUAUAAAGAAGGAUACAUCAACGUUGUGGAUGACAAAAAUGCUGAGGAUUUUAUAAACACUAUCGUUUCUGGCACUCAUAUUGACAGGCCACUCUUCGUGGGUGAUCUAAAUGAAAUUAUCUUUAAACAUGAGCUAUGGAAGAAAUUAACUCCAAGAAUGCAGCCAUACUAUGCUGUCAGAUGCAAUAAUUCAGAUACCGUUCUUCGAAUAAUGGCUAAACUGGGUGUAGGAUUUGUGUGCGUCUCUAAAACUGAACUCCAGCAAGUGCUGUCAAUAGGAGUUGAUCCUUCGCAAAUCAUUUUUGGCCGCACAAUAAAAUUUGUGAGUCACAUUCAAUUUGCGGUGGAUAACAAUAUUAAAUUAAUGACAUUUGAUAACAAGGAGGAGCUCCUGAAAAUUAAUAACAUCUGUCCGGACGCAAGAGUACUUAUUCACAUACGACAUGAUGUUAAAUUAAAGGCGCCAUUUCAAACCAAAUUUGGUUGUGAUCCAAACACGGAUGCUGAAGUUCUAUUAAAAUUGGCUUUUAGUUUAAAAAUUCAUGUAAUUGGGGUGACCUUUGAAAUUGAUCCAGAGUCAGAUUUUCGUUCAAUAUGUAACAGCAUGAAUGCAGCUCGUCGUCUGUUUAAUACUGCCAAAACCAUGGGCCUCAAUUUUAGCCUUUUGUACAUAAACGGAGAACGCAUAGGAAAUCCUGGGCACAACGACGAAUUGUACAAUUUUUCAAAAGAAGUGAGCAUGGCGAUUGAAGAAUACUUCCCAAACAGGAGGAUUAAAGUUAUAUUUGAAGAUGGAAGUUACUUUGUCCGUUCAGCCUUUAAAUUGGCGACCAGCGUUUUUGGAAUAAAAAUAAAGAAAGAAAUGUCUUUGGUUAAAUAUCACUACUAUAUGAAUCACAGUACAUUUCUAAGUUUGAAUAGCAUUGUAUAUUGGAACACGAAUACUUUUCCGCAGACACUUCAGAAAACCGUUAAAAGUGGAUUUCCCUCGGUCCUGUGGGGGCCUACUUGUGAUUCUAUCGAUGUAUUGCACAAUGACACGACCUUACCGAUACUCAAUUGUGGAGACUGGAUCGUCUUUAACAAUAUGGGGAGUUAUAGUUUAGUUUUAUCUACCAACUUUAACGGGUUUAGCAGUUUUUCUGCUUAUUAUUUGAUUAAUAAACAUAAUUGGAUCUUUCUGAACAAAAAUCCUUUCAAUGCAGUGGAUAUCAUAGAAGAUGACUACACCAAUAACCUUACGAACAAAAACAUUCAAUAGCUGUAUGAGGAUUUAAUAAUGAGCGAUGACGAUACAACGAUAGUCACAAGAUAUGGUCUUAUACUGGAUAGAAUAUUUUGUAACAUGUUAUGUGACCAACACUUAAUAAAAAAAUUACAGAUUU